AUGGAGGCUCGGGUCAUUCAGAAGUAUGGUUGGGGAAAGAAUACGUCAUCGGAGGAUCAAAUAGGCGGCGAAGGCGCGGGUGUUCAUGUCCCGGUCUCGCCACCGCACGGCGGGAAAAUUAUUCCUGCUCGUAAGCCGAUCAAGCGUCGAACCACUAUUCCACCCAAGCCAAAUAUCAGUCUUAAUCUAUGGAGCAUCCUAAAGAACUGCAUUGGCAAGGAACUAACAAAGAUAGCAAUGCCGGUCAACUUCAGCGAACCCCUGUCAAUGUUGCAACGUUUGACAGAGAAUUUUGAGUACUACGACUGUCUGGACCGC